AAUAUUCCAUACAUCACUAGUUUCGAUAAAUUUUUUACAUAGACAACCACACGGAAUUGUUGCUUAAAUUUUGCUUAAAAUUAUACAAAUUGCUACGUCUUAGCACAACAUAUUUAGGCAAAAACAAAUACAAAUAGUUCUACUGAAAUGGCCGACGACUGGGAAUCCGCCGCCGAGAGUGAAAUUGUAAUACGUCCGAAUGCAGCUAACAACAUAAACAAGUGGGAGGGUGAAGAUGACGACGAAGACGUUAAGGAAAGCUGGGAGGAUGAGGAGGAAAAGAAAGAUGAAGAGAAGCCAACGAAAACAGAAGCGCCAGUCAAAACUAAACCCAAUAAAGCGCUAAAAGCGAAAUUGGAGGAACAAGAGCGCCUAAAAGAGGAGGAGGAACAGAAGCGUUUGGCUGAAUUGUCACCCGAAGAAAAAUUGGCGGAAAAGCUGCGUUUGCAAAAGAUUCAAGAAGAAUCGGAUCUAAAGAGUGCCCUCGAUACAUUCGGCGUGACGAGUAUAGGCGGUGGCCUCGACGCCUUCAAUCCGCAGAGUAAAGAGGAGUUUAAGGAAUUUGGUGCCACGCUUAGCUGGAAGGUUGCUCAAUACCGAGAAUCCAUACAUUUUCCACAAUUCAUAGAAGAUCUAGUGCGCAGCUUAUGCGUAAACUUGAGCGCUGCUGACAUUAAGAAGGUCAAAAUGAGUGUGGAGAGCUUACACUCGGAAAAGCUUAAAAUGGAAAAAGCGAAUGCCAAGAAACCUGCCGUCAAGGGCAAGGGAAAAGUUUCAUUGCGCACAGAAAAUGAUGAUAUCGAUGGCUAUCAAAAGUACGGCAAUGAUUUUACCGAUGAUUACGAUGAUUUUAUGUGAAUAAUAGAAUCGAUAGUUACACGCAUAUAACUAAUUAAUGAAUAUAUAUAGUUGCUUGUUGAUGCCGAAGAAAGAGAGAGAGAUAGAGAUGGAAGAGUUCUUCAUGUUAAAGAAAAUUGCGCAGGAAUUAAAAAUCCUUUUUUGUUGAUUAUGAUAAUGCUGUUUAAAAAGCGCCAUAUUAAUAUAAAUAUAUGUACAUUAUAGUGUUUGCAUAUAUAUAUAUUUGUAUGAGAGCACAGUCAAACAGACACCCAUAGACAAACCAAUAUACAUAAAAGCAUGUAAAAAUUAUAUAUAUAAAUACCUAUAUAUAUAUAUAUAUUUAAUAGAAUAACUAAAGUCAAGUCAAGCAAGCAAUCAAGAAACCUCAACGAACAUUUUUCACACACACAUACACACAGGAUUAAUUAGGUACAUGAAUGGCUUCUUGUAAAUUCACUUUUGUAUAAUAUUAUAAAGCGAUAUUA